AUGAACAUCCUCCAGCACAAGAGUUGGCAUGUCUAUAGCCAAAAGAACCAGGACCGAGUCAAGAGAGACGAGGCCAAGGCUGAAGCUGAGGAGAAGCAAACCCAGGAACGAGCCAUCGCUGCAGAUCGGGAGCAUCGAUUGGUGGUACUGAGGCAAAGGGCGGCGAGACGAUACACUAAUGAACCUGUACCAGGCGAACAGGAGGAAGAUGAUGACACGAUACCAGGGCCAUUAGCACCAAUACCCAACGAUACAGUAGCCGUAACCAAGAUAAAGUCCAAAGGAGAGCAUGUCAACUUUUGGGCCGAUCUGGAAAAGCAGGACACUACCAGCAAGAAAGGCAACCCAGAAUACGAGGCAGAGGUCAAGGCAAAGGAAAAAAAGUGGGAACGCACCAUCGCUAUGCAUCUGGAUUCUGCUGUCAAAGGACCCAUUACAGAAUAUGAGGUCUAUGCUGGAUAA